AUGAUCCUGCUGCGAGCAGCGAUCCUGCUGUUCGUCCCCGGCAUCCUCAAGUGCCUGGAGAAGCCAUGGGCCCUCAAGAACGCGUCCGUGACGAGCAUCAUGAACUCCUCCGAUCAACGGCUGGAACGAACCCUCGACGAAGACGACGGGCUGCAGAAGGACAUCUACUCGCUGGAGGACUACGUGAAGGCCGCAGACGACACCGUCGCCAAGUUCGAGUCCAAGCCUCUGGAGCUCUUCGAGGACGAGGUGGCCAACCAGCCGUACCACCUCUUCGUGGACCUCGGCCACCCCUACUCCAUCCGGCUGCGGAACCUGCAGCUCGUGGCACCGCGCACCGCCAGAGCCGACGUGCAUCGCCUGGUGCGCUCGUCCCUCUCCAAGGCGUUCGACCGCCUCUACACCAAGCACAAGGCGAUCUUUGGCGGCCUGCUGCGCGCCGCCGUGGUGCUGCUAACGUUCGUGGACAUCGGGCUGUUCCAGAGGAGCCACCGCAGCGUGUACGACCGCGCCGACGUCGUGGUCACCUAUGUCCUGCUCUGCUGCACCGCCGCGCUGGAGUUCGUCUCGGCGUGCCUGGUGCUGAUGUCGGGCCUGCCGCAGCCCGACGACCAGCUCGCGCAGUACAACCACGUCGGCUACCUCUCCCGCGGCGAGAAGCACCCGCGGCUCGUCUACAACCACAUCGACCGCGGGUGGAAGAAAUACAUCAGACCUAUGGACGAAACAGCCCGUGACCACGUCACCGGCGAAUGGAGGACAUACAAAACUGCCGUGGGAGCAUACUGGCGGUUCAACGACAGCCGCGGCCAGCGGACACUAGAGAGGGAGGGAUGCGUCGGCCGGCGUGCCAUCGAGGAGAGCCUGCUGAUGCCCUUUGACGAGAACGUCCUGCUCUGGCACCUCGCCACGGAGUUCUGCUACUUCGACCACGUGGACACCGGCCACGACGCCACCCGCCACAGCAGGAUGGUGUCCAACUACAUGGCAUACCUGCUAGUCGUGGAGCCGUUGUUGCUGAUCCCCGGCGCCAGGCGCAGGCUCUUCGGGGCCGCCUACGCCGAGCUCAGGAAAAUGCUUAAGCCGCCGCCGGAGGAUGAGGAAGAGGUAGAGAUAGAGCCGAUCGAGAAGAAAGCGCCUCCACCGAAGGCCAAGAACGAGAUGGUGCGGAAGGUGAUCCAGAAUGUCAAGAGCACCAUCGGUCUCGGUUCGGAAGAUCUUGUUCACAAAGCCUGGGCGGUCGCCCACGAGCUCAUGGAAUUUGCCAAGGAGAAGAAACAGGAGUUCAUCGGUGAACUGAAGGAGAGGGAGGGCAAGAGGAAGGAGGUCAUGAGGGUCCUGCGCUGUGCCAAGGAGAAGGCAGACGAAAUCAUUCAAUUCUGCUACUUCGAUCACGUGGACACCGGCCACGACGCCACCCGCCACAGCAGGAUGGUGUCCAACUACAUGGCGUACCUGCUGGUCGUCGAGCCGGAGAUGCUGAUCAGCGGCGCCAGGCGCAGGCUCUUCGGGGCCGCCUACGCCGAGCUCAGGAAUAUGCUCAAGCCGCCGCCGGAGGAUGAGCUAGAGGUAGAGCUAGAGCCGACGGAGAAGAAGGCGCCUCCACCAAGGGCCAAGAACGAGAUUGUGCGGAAGGUGAUCCAGGAAGCGAAGAGCACCAUGGGUCUCGGUUCAGAAAAUGUUGUUUACAUGGCCUGGGCGGUCGCCCACGAGCUCAAGGAAUUCGCCAAGAAGAAGAAACAGGAGUUCAUCAGUGAACUGAAGGAGAGGGAGGGCAAGAGGAAGGAGGUCAUGAGGGUCCUGCGCUGUGCCAAGGAGAAGGCAGACGAAAUCAUUCAAGUUAAUAAGAACAAGGCACAAAAUUUCGUUGAGAUUGUAAACAAACAUGUAUAG